AUGAAAGAAGAUGAUGAUGACAUAGAAGAGUUCAAAACACUGUCCGAUCUGAAAUAUAGAAUACCUCCAUCAUUGGAAUGUCCGUCUGCUCUAAAGAGGAAGAGUGUUGUCGUUAUUCCAAAAUCUGUGAUGAAAGAACAUGAUGAUGAUGAUAUAGAAGAGUUCAAAACACCGUAUGAUCCGAAAUUUAGGAUACCUCAAUCGUUGGAAUGUUCGCCUCCUCCAAAGAGGAAGAGCAUGGAAGGGACAACGCCAAGUGUGUUGUUUCAACUACCAGGGUUAACCUUCUUCAAAUCCUUGUGUGAGAAAUUUAGGGUUUUUGUUGUUAAGAUUUCAUGUUUAAGGAUUCUAAUUAUAUAG